CGCCGAGCCGCCGCCAUGGCCCGCGGGAAAGCCAAGGAGGAGGGCGGCUGGAAGAAGUUCAUCUGGAACUCGGAGAAGAAGGAGUUUCUGGGCAGGACCGGCGGCAGCUGGUUUAAGAUCCUCCUGUUCUACGUGAUAUUCUACGGCUGCCUGGCCGGCAUCUUCAUCGGGACCAUCCAGGUGAUGCUGCUCACCAUCAGCGAGUUCAAGCCCACCUACCAGGACCGCGUGGCCCCCCCAGGAUUAACACAGAUUCCUCAGAUCCCAAAGACCGAAAUCUCCUUUCGCCCUAACGACCCCAAGAGCUAUGAGGCAUAUGUGCUCAACAUAGUUAGGUUCCUGGAGAAGUACAAAGAUUCGGCCCAGAAGGAUGAAAUGAUUUUUGAAGAUUGUGGCAAUGUGCCCAGUGAAAUCAAAGAACGUGGAGAAUUUAACAAUGAACGAGGAGAGCGAAAAGUCUGCAGGUUCAAGCUCGAGUGGUUGGGAAAUUGCUCUGGAAUAAAUGAUGAAUCCUUCGGCUACAAAGAGGGCAAACCCUGCGUCCUAAUAAAGCUGAACCGAGUUCUGGGCUUCAAACCUAAACCGCCCAAGAACGAGUCCCUGGAGGCCUACCCGGCGCUCAAGUACAGCCCCUACGUCCUGCCGGUCCAGUGCGCGGGCAAGCGAGAAGAAGACAAGGAUAAAGUUGGGAACGUGGAGUAUUUCGGCCUGGGCGGCUACCCCGGCUUUCCCCUGCAGUAUUACCCCUACUACGGCAAGCUGCUCCAGCCCAAGUACCUGCAGCCACUGCUGGCCGUGCAGUUCACCAACCUCACCACGGACACUGAAAUCCGCAUCGAGUGUAAGGCGUACGGUGAGAACAUUGGGUACAGUGAGAAAGACCGUUUUCAGGGACGCUUUGAUGUAAAAAUUGAAGUUAAGAGCUGAUCACAAGCACAAAUCUUUCCCACUAGCCAUUUAAAAAGUUAAAAAAAGAUACAAAAAACAAAAACCUACUAGUCUUGAAUAAACUGUCAUACGUAUGGGACCUACACUUAAUCUAUAUGCUUUACACUAGCUUUCUGCAUUUAAUAGGUUAGAAUGUAAAUUUAAAGUGUAGCAAUAGCAACAAAAUAUUUAUUCUACUGUAAAUGACAAAAGAAAAAAAUAAAAUUGAGCCUUGGGACGUGCCCAUUUUUACUGUAAAUUAUGAUUCCAUAACUGACUCGUAGCAAGCAGUGUUUCCGGCCCCUGAGUAUUGCUGCCUUGUGGAUCUGAUGUGAUGUACAGUUAUGUAGGUACGCACUCUGCUCAUUUCUCAAGCCAUGUUUAUCGCAUCUGUUUUCUACUGUAUGUGAGCAAGGUUUGCUGUCCAAGGUGUAAAUAUUCAAUGGGAAUAAAACUGGCAUGGUACUAUUUUUUUUUCUUUUCGGUUUGGCUCUUUCAAAAACUAAUGGCCCAUCAAUGAGCAUUUUUAACACACUCCAUAGUCUUCUCCUGUGGUGUUGGGUCUUUACUUUUUGUUUUGUUGUUGUUUUCUUUCCUGGGGCUGGGGAGGGGGUGGGCUGUCAUGGGGGAACUGCCCUUUAAAUUUUAAGUGACACUACAGAAAAACACAAAAAGGUGAUGGGUUGUGUUGUGCUUUGUAUCGAAUGCCGUCUUGACCUCUCUUCCUUGUCCUCCAGUACGAUCUGAAGCUGUGUAUGGGAUCUGGAUCGCCUGUCACUUGGGCUGGUGAUGGGCCUAAUUCAUUUGCUUUACAUUUUCUUUUAUUUUCCUUUUUUUCCUUUCUCUGGAGGCAUCACAUGCUGGUGCUGUGUCUUUAUGAAUGUUUUAACCAUUUUCAUGGUGGAAGAAUUUUAUAUUUAUGCAGUUGUACAAUUUUAUUUUUUUCUGCAAGAAAAAGUGUAAUGUAUGAAAUAAACCAAAGUCACUUGUUUGAAAAUAAAUCUUUAUUUUGGACUUUAUAAAAAGCAAUGCAGUACCCCCUAGACUGGUGUUAAAUGUUGUCUGCAAAAUCCAUGUUCUAACAUGUACAAUAAUUGCCAGGAGUACAGUGCUCUUCUUGAUCUUGUAUGCGGUCAGGUUCAAACAAUGGACAAUAAAAGAAUGAACACACUC